UUGGCAAGUAAAGAGCAGCAUAGCGUAGAGCAUUGAUUCACAUUGAUUGAUAAUUGCAUUGGCCUCUCUGUCACUGGGGUUUCAUUCAUUCAUGAAAUGCAAUGCAAUUUGUAUAAUCAUUCAUGUAACCAACCAUAACUUUGCAUUUUCUCUUAAACAAUAAACAUAACUCAUCGUUGCCGUUUCCAUAGCCUCGCUCGCACCCAAUUCCUUACCCUCUCUUCUCUCUUCUCUCUUCUCUCUUCAUAUUCCCCUCUUUGUUUCUCUCCGUACACUCGAUUCCGUUCCUUCUUCGCUGUUAGAUCAAUCAUCGAUAUCCUCUUUGCCAUUGACUUUGCUCUGGAACAUCAGAGAAUGAGACAAGAAAGAAAGAACAUUCUGCAAAUCAUAUGCAAUCUCAGUUAUACAAUGGUGGUGGGCAAACACAUAAAAUGCAAGCUGUUAACUGAAAAGUAUUGUAGAACAUGCCAACAUGGGGCAAUUGCUUUGUGUGAUGAAAAAAAAAAAAAACAUAAGAGAUCUCUCAAACUAUUAUGUUGAGUGUCUACAGUAUCACCAUGUCUUCUACCAUCAUCCCAUAAGGAAUCACAGUUGGAAAGUUAUCUGUGUCGGAUGAAAGAGUGGCUAUCCACUUACAAUGGCUGGACUUAUUGAAGGACUCCCUGAUGCUGUUGCAAUAAGGUGCCUUGCUCGGGUUCCCUUCUACCUCCAUCCGAAGUUAGAGGUUGUCUGCCGUUCUUGGCAAGCAGCCGUUCGGAGCCCUGAACUAUUUAAAGCCCGGCAGGAGGUUGGUUCAUCAGAGGAGCUGUUAUGUGUCUGUGCUUUUGACCCAGAGAACGUGUGGCAGCUGUAUGACCCUCUACGAGAUCUGUGGAUUACACUUCCGGUUCUUCCCUCAAAAAUCAGGCAUCUUUCGCACUUUGGUGCUGUUUCCACUGCUGGAAAGUUGUUUGUGAUUGGCGGUGGCAGUGAUGCAGUUGAUCCCUUGACUGGUGACCAAGAUGGCUGUUUUGCAACAGAUGAAGUCUGGUCAUAUGAUCCCGUAGUCCGGCAGUGGGCCCCUCGAGCAUCAAUGCUGGUUCCGCGCUCUAUGUUUGCAUGCUGUGUUUUGAAUGGGAAAAUUGUUGUGGCUGGGGGCUUCACCAGCUGCCGAAAAUCAAUAUCUCAAGCAGAAAUGUAUGACCCUGAGAAGGAUGUAUGGAUUCCAAUGGCUGAUCUUCAUCGCACCCACAAUUCAGCCUGUUCAGGAGUAGUGAUAGGUGGAAAGGUGCAUGUGCUGCACAAGGACAUGUCAACAGUUCAAGUUUUAGACAAUGCGGGGCCUGGAUGGAUUGUUGAGGAAUGUGGGUGGCUCCAAGGUCCUAUGGCGGUUGUUCAGGAUGCACUUUAUGUGAUUAGCCAUGGAUUCAUCUUCAAGCAGGACAAAGAAGGGAGAAAGGUGGUAGGUUCAGCUUCCGAGUUCCGAAGGAGAAUUGGGUUUGCAAUGAUAGGGGUGGUUGAUGAUCUAUACGUGAUUGGAGGCUUCAUUGGCCCUGACAGAUGGGACUGGGACAUUAAGCCAUUAUCAGAUGUCGAUAUUCUCACACUUGGGAGUGAGAGACCAAAUUGGCGCCAGGCAGCUCCAAUGACAAGAUGUCGUGGUACUAUUCUUGGUUGUACACUGCUGAGAAUUUAGACCUUGGCAACUUUCUUAGGCUUGUGUAAUUUGUGGCUCAUGGGGGAUUUGGGUCCCCUAAACUAGACAAAGAAUUAGUUGUUUCAAUGGCUUCCUUAUUUUGUAUGUAAGCCAUAAUAUUUAUCCUUGUCUUUGUGAUGAUUACAUGCUGGUAAAUUAGGCAAGUCCUUUGUCUGUUCUGUUCGAAACAAAACAGUAGGUGAAGGACCAUCAGUUAGGCCGGAACAAGCCGGUUCUACAACAACUGCAAGUUUGUCACCUUUCUUUAGGAAAAAAAGGACCACUUCAUAGUUCAUAGUUCCUUUUUCUCAUAGGUCAUAGACUCGUAGUCAUAGGGUUAAUGUUCGUAAACUUCAUAAGCAGGUCAACCGAUAAAAUGUGACAAUUAAACUAGCAGUGAAAAUGGAGUUUCACUUUGCAAAUUAUUGCUGUAAAUUGUGUUCGUGUGUUUGAGUUCUGCAUUUCAGCUUAAAAUGUAUAUCUAUUUUUGUAUUUUGGAGGUGUUUAACUUUUACGUCU